GUCACGAUUUGUCGCUCGACAACGAUUCUGUGAAUACCGUCACAUUCAUAAUUAAUAAUUUGCUACAAUCUCUAGUCAAAAAGUUUAAUUCGUCAUGUCAUACCGCGAGCUAAGAAACAUUACGGAGAUGCUCAGAGCCCUGGGCUACCCUAGACUGGUCUCGGUGGAGAACUUCCGAACCCCAAACUUCCCUCUGGUGGCGGAGGUUCUCGCGUGGGUCGUCAAGAGGUUCGACCCAAAGGCGGAGGACCUGCCCUCCAUUGUAGAGACGGAGCACGACCGAGUCCUCUUCAUCAGGAUGGUUGCGCAGUUUAUGGCGACGAAGGCGCAUGUGCGGCUGAACACCAAGAAGCUGUACCAGGCGGACGGGUUCGCCGUGCAGGAGAUCCUGAAGGCGUUGACUUUGCUGUACUCCGCCCUGCAGAACAACGACCCGGACAAUGACCUCGAGGACGAGGGUGGCACCACACACAACUUCGACAUGUCCAAUAGGACAGGGGAACUCAAGCAAAUCCGGGCGCUGGCGUCGAACAUCACAACGAAGGGCGCCGCGCUCUUCGACCUGCUCAGGAGGGAGGUCAACCUUCGGGAGAUGCGCACGAACGUGAUGAACAGGCCGCUCGAGGUGAUCGACGUGGAGCGCGGCCUGCAGGAGGCGGUCGCGGCCUGUGAGGCCGAGCUGCGCGAAACGCAGAAGGCCAUCGAGAACGUGGCCACCGAUGAGGCCACCGUUGAGGCCAAGUGCGAGAAGAAGAAAACGGCGCUCGAGAGGAACCAGAAGCGCCUCCUCGCAAUCAAAAAAAGCCGUCCAGCGUUCAUGGACGAGUACGAGAAGCUGGAAGAACAGCUCAAGAUCCACUACAACACAUUCGUGCAGCGCUUCAUGAGCCUCAGCUACCUGGAACUGCGCCUCGAGGAGAACGAGAAGAACGAGCUCAGCCAGAUGUCCCAGCGGGAGGCCGUCAACAAGCGAGUCGUUGACAUGAAAAGCCACGGAGGCUUCGAAAAUUUCGGUGACGACUCAGAAGAAGACAGCGCAGGUGAUGGUGAUGAAGACGACGAUGAUGAUGAUGAUGACGACUACGAGCGCCCUAUGAACUCUUUCAAACAGGAGAAACCAGAAGAGAAAAAACUCAAAGGCGGUGGGCGCGUGUUCGGCAGCAUGACGGGGGGUGGGGAGCUGGACUCCCUCAGCGACACGGAGCUCAACCUGGACGACGAAGGCCUCCCCGACGGGGUACGGCCGCCCCUCAAGGGCCUCGACUCUGAGGACCUGGAGGAUGAGCUGGGGGGAGGGGUGGAAGCCCUGCUGGAGGAGGAGGGGGGAGUGAGGGGAGGAGGAGGUGUUGGGGAUUUACACAUUCAGAAGGAUAUGUUCUUGUGA